AUGUCUGCCUACAGCGACUCUGUUCAUGCCUACGCGCAUGCCAAGGCCACCAUGGCCGCCAACCGGGCGGCCAACUCGUCCUCGUACACGACCGCAAAGCCCAGCGCCAACACCGCCUCGUCGGCCGCCUCCGUCUACAGCGACACCUCCUCCUACUACCCGGUCAAGGACGACUACGCCGCCACGCCCAAGUCCAAGUCCAGCUCGCUCAAGAACUGGACCAAGAACCUGGUCUCGGACAUUGGCAAGUCGCCGCAGUCGAACAAAGCGGCCGGUGCGCCGUACAGCGUCGACAACCGGCCAACAAAGAUGUGA